CGUUUUGAUUGAAAAACCUCUCCUUAAACCUAGAAAGGGCGACCACCUCCGCCACCGUACAGGCAGGGUACUAAUGGCGCAGGGAAGUAACAUACUGGCAAGCUCGAUAUCUGAGUUACAGAAGAAGCAAAAGCAAGCUAAGAAAUCAAAAUCCGGCGGCUUCGAGUCGCUGGGCCUUAGUCCCAAUGUCUUCAGGGGAGUCAAAAAGAAGGGCUACAAAGUUCCGACACCAAUACAGAGGAAGACGAUGCCCAUAAUACUUUCUGGAAGCGAUGUUGUGGCUAUGGCCCGAACUGGGUCGGGGAAAACGGCGGCGUUUCUAGUCCCUAUGCUUCAGAAGCUGCAGCAGCAUGUUCCACAGGCUGGCGUCCGAGCCCUCAUUCUCUCUCCGACACGUGACUUAGCUGUCCAGACUUUAAAGUUUACCAAAGAACUCGGCCGCUUCACAGAUCUUCGUAUUAGUUUACUAGUUGGUGGUGAUAGUAUGGAAAACCAAUUCGAAGAAUUGGCACAGAAUCCUGAUAUUAUAAUUGCUACUCCUGGUAGGCUCAUGCACCAUUUGGCAGAGGUUGAUGACAUGUCACUGCGCACUGUGGAGUAUGUAGUUUUUGAUGAAGCUGAUUGCCUCUUCAGCAUGGGUUUUGCAGAGCAGUUGCAUAAAAUUCUUUCACAGCUGAGCGAAAAUCGUCAGACAUUGCUUUUCAGCGCAACCUUACCAAGUGCCCUCGCUGAGUUUGCCAAGGCUGGUCUUCGGGAUCCUCAACUUGUACGACUUGAUUUGGAGACAAAAAUUAGCCCUGACUUGAAGCUUGCCUUCUUCACUGUAAGGCAGGAGGAAAAAUAUGCUGCAUUAUUGUAUUUGACAAGGGAACAUAUCGGUUCUGAACAGCAGACAUUAAUUUUUGUUUCUACAAAAUAUCAUGUUGAAUUUCUUAAUGUUCUCUUUAGAGAAGACGGCAUUGAGCCUUCUGUUUGCUAUGGGGAUAUGGAUCAAGAUGCACGUAAGAUCCAUAUAUCAAGAUUUCGGUCAAGAAAGACUAUGCUGCUGAUAGUGACGGAUGUUGCUGCUAGGGGAAUUGACAUACCUUUGCUUGAUAAUGUAGUCAACUUUGACUUCCCUCCUAAGCCUAAACUUUUUGUCCAUCGCGUAGGGCGAGCUGCCAGGGCUGGUCGUGUGGGAACUGCCUUUUCUUUGGUCACAUCUGAAGAUAUGCCUUUCCUAUUGGAUCUUCAUCUCUUUCUCUCGAAACCAAUUAGGCCUGCUCCCACUGAGGAAGAUGUUCUAAAAGAUAUGGAUGGUGUCAUGUCUGAAAUAGACCAAGCUGUUGCUAAUGGGGAAACUGUUUAUGGGCGUUUUCCACAGCCAAUUAUAGAUCUAUAUUCUGACAGAGUUCGAGAAAUCAUCGAUUCAUCUACAGAUCUGACUGCUAUGCAGAUACCCUGUACAAGGGCAUUUCGCCUGUAUUCAAAGACAAAACCAAAACCAUCUAAGGAAUCUAUUCAGAGAGUAAAAGGAUUACACUGUGAAGGGUUGCAUCCAAUGUUUAAAAAUGUUCUAGGCGGGAGUGAAUUAACAGCCAUGGCCUUCUCUGAACGCCUGAAAGCAUUUAGACCCAAGCAAACCAUUUUGGAGGCCGAAGGUGAGGCGGCUAAGUCAAAACAUCGGAAGGGUUCUUCGAGUCAAUGGGUUGAUGUGAUGAAGAUGAAAAGAGCUAUUCAUGAGGUGGUGAUCAAUAAAGUGCAUCAGCAGCGCUCUACGGAUCAUGCCACUAAGGAAGUUGAACCAGAAGACAAUACUACGAAGAACAAGCAGAAACAAGUUUCUGGCUUCAAGAGGAAGGGAGAUAGCUUCAAAGAUGAGGAGUACUUCAUAAGUUCAGUGCCCACGAAUCAGCAUUUUGAAGCCGGGCUUUCUGUUGGUGCUAACCAAGGCUUUGAAUCAAAUAGGUUGGAUGCUGCUGUUCUUGAUCUAAAUGCCGAUGAUGGUGGUGGGUUACAGAAGCAAAAAUCUUCCUUUCACUGGGAUAAGAGGAGCAAAAAGUAUGUCAAGCUAAACAGCGGUGACCGUGUGACAGCAAGUGGGAAGAUAAAAAAUGAAAGUGGUGUGAAAUUGAAAGCUAACAAAACUGGGAUUUACAAGAAGUGGAAAGAACGAUCACACAAGCAUGUAUCACUUAAAGGAAGAAGUAACGAAAGCACUGAAGAAUCUACUCAUUCUACAGGUCGUGGUGGAUUACGAGGGGAUAACAGAAGAUUUAAAGGUGGAAAGAAUAGGUCAGUACCAAAUGCUCACGUGCGUUCAGAAAUCAAAGAUCUCGAUCAAGUUAGGAAGGCAAGGCAAAAGAAAGCAGAGCGGGUUUCUCAUCUGAAGAACAGCAAAUCAAAGAAGGGGAAGAAGUCAGGUAAAAGGGGUAAUCGAGGAAAGUCGAAAUAGGGUUCAACAACUUAUCUGAUCGUCGGUCAUAUGAAUCCAAUGAAGCAUUCCAAAUACUUGACUGGCCUAUGUUUUGAGAUAUCAGUGGAGAUGAGUAUGGUAUGCCUGUUGUGGCAGUCUUAAGUAAGAUAUAUUAGAGAAUAUUGAACGGUGUCAAGAGAAAGAAGAUUAACUUGUCCAUUGUCGUCUGCUCAUUUUCAGUACUGUAUACCAAAUAUGACCUUCAUGUCUUCUUUCUCCCAAAUAUAGCUUCAGUAUUUUUCGAUAAUGUUGGCAACUCUUAGUUAUUGAAAAUAUACAUUGGAAUUUAACAUGGGGCAUACUAAGAUUCUUGAUUCAAUUUAUGUAGUUUGUAAGUGUUGUUUUUUCAAUGAUGUAUAAAUCAUUAUUUUCCGACU